AUGGAAAUUGAAAAGACCGUAGCUGGAAAUGCUCCACCAGAGAUUUCAGUGCCAAGCUCAAUUACUCUUUCUAUUUUAUCAGUUGCCUUUGCCACAACAUAUCCUACAAUUCUUUCCUGCAUUAUGUCUGAUCCCGACCAAGUAUUUAUCUCUUUACUCGCCGGUGCAUUUUCGUUUCUGACAAUUCCGGGAACCAACUCAAGGGCCAAGCUAAUUGGUGCGUCUGUGCUUUCUCUGCCGCUUUUUUUCAUAGUGGAUGGGUACCUCCGAGCAUUUCUUAUAGGAUUUCUGCAGGCGUAUGGACAAACAGUGGCAGAAAUCCACACAGCGCAUCUUUCUUUAUUUUCAUUUAGAGAAGCCGCACUUUCCCAGCUGGGGAUUCUUCUAACAAUGCAAACCUGCAUGAUUUUCUUUUUCUUGUCAUUCCUGCCUGGGUUUGAAGGUGUGUGCAAGUCAUUUAUUUUCGUGUUUUGUUUGAUAAUGCUGGAAGUUCUGGCAGUUGUUCUUCUUGUACCUGAGCCGCCAUCUGAGAUGAUUGUUAGCAAUAACUUAAACGUGCUUUAUAACGAAGUGUAUUACGCACUAACAAAGCUACUGGGAAAUACGCCAUUCUACCACUUCCACCGGGAGUAUACUGAAUUAGUUGACAAAUACAACAAGCCAAGAGUUCCUGCACACUUGAAAAUUAGUACUAUUCUAGAAAAGGUAAAUAUAUCUUUUAUUUCCACAGGCGUGGGUGGGCUACUCUCUACCACAACUAAUAACAUAUAUCUGAUCAUCUACUGCAGUCUUAGUAUGUUCAAGUGGGUGUUUAGCAACCAGCACAACAAAGAGUAUAUUAUUCUAAGCACAGUAAGUGUUGGUAUAGUUCUUCUUACUAUGAUAGUAUACAAUGUAAAACCAAUAUUCAUUAUUCUUAUAGGAAUGAGUCUUUAUCUAGUUCCAUCCAGCGAAGGAUAUUUGCAGCUUGAUAAGUGCCUGAUUGGGGUGUCUAACAGUAUAAGAAAUGCACUUGGUAUGUUUGUAUUUAUGAUUCUAUGGAGAGAGCAAGUAUUGGGCUGACUCCCACACCAGAAAUGCACACUAGAAAUGAGAUGUUCGAAAAAAUCUCAGUGUGUAAAUAAGCACAGAAUAUUCUAGCACUGUAUAACAAUAGCGAAAAACCCAGACAGAAAUUACUUAAAAAAAGAAGUUAUUUACAGCGCAAGCACUC